AUGCCUCCGCCUAAGGAUUCAAGAGAUUUGCUAUACCAACAGAUUUAUUUAUACUUGAAGAACAAUGGCCAUGAGGAAUCAGCAGCCACAUUGUUGAGGGAGACCAAAAUAUCUCCACCACAGUCAAGUCAGAACAACAGCACAAAGGAUGCGAAUACAUCUGUCCAAGGCGAUGAGUUUUUAUCGGAAUGGUGGAAUAUCUUAUGGUCAAUGCACAGCUCGGCUAACCCGGCACUAAACCAAGUGUUAAUCAAUCCACAAUUUCCAAAUCCUCAGCAACAGCAAUAUCCAUUUCCACAAGGAAUGCCUGUUGUGAAUUUGCACCUUCAGCAGCAACAACAACAACGAAUUCAACAACAGCAGCAGCAGCAGCAACAACAACAACAACAACGAAACCAACAACAGCAACUUCAACAACAACAACUUCAACAGCAACAACAACAACAACAACAACAACUGCCACCUCAACAACAACUGCCACCUCAACAACAACUGCAGCCAUCCGGGAGUAAUCAGACAAAUCAGCCACAACAGACACCACUGAUGCAACCGAAACCACCUCCAUCUGCACAAGGAAGUCGGAAACCAUCAGUUCUGCAACAAAAACUGCGAUCACAAGCAAAUUUGCAGCAAUCACGCAAGAAAGUCACCAAACAGCCCAAUAAGCCACGGUCUAAUGAGGCAUCCCCUGCUAUACCAAAAUCUACACAACCGCAACUGGCACAGCUGGGACAACAAAAGAAUAACAAUGCUACUCAAUCCACUACAAACACUACGAACAAAAAUUUAUCGACAAUUCCUCAAGGAACUCCUGUCAGUAGUAACAUUUCGCCUUCUAAUCUUAGCCAAUUGCAACAACAAGCUAGGUUGCAACAGUUAAAAAUACAGUUCCAGCAGCAAGCACUUUUACAACAACAACAGCAACAGCAACAACAGCAACAACAGCAACAACAGCAGCAACUGGUGCAGCCUCUGCCGACAGUACAGUCUUUUGCCCAAACUACUCCCGGUGUCGGACCUAAUCCAGCGCUAGACCAGAACCCAAAUACAACACAUCAACAAGGAGUACCUCAGCAACAACAACAACAACAACAGGCAAACCAACAGUUUAUGCAGCCGCAUCCGCUACGUGGCCCCAAUCAAGGCCCUCCUCAUCCUUCAAACCCUCAACAGCCUCCACCAGGUAUACCUGUUCAAAACGGCCCUGGAAUGCAAAGGCAGCCUGUGGGUGCUAAUCAAAAUACGAAUACAAAACUGGGUCCUCAGUCAAUACCUCAGCCCAAUAUUCAAUCCCUAGACGCUUAUCAAAUGACACUUUUACAGAUGGAGAACCAGAAUAAUAUACAGAGACAACGGUUUUUACAACAACAACAACAACAACAGCAGCAGCAGCAGCAGCAGCAACAACAACAGAACGUUCAAAAUGUUCAACAACAGGGACAACAGGGACAACAACCCCAAAAACAGCAGUUACAGAGAGCACAGCAACAGCAGCAGGCCAAACAGAAAGGAAAGCCGCAACAGCAGCAUCAGCAACAAUCUGCUCGGCCAGAUGAUUCAAAUAUGCAACUAGAAGCUCUAUUUUCCAAUAUUCCGCAGCAAAAUCCACAAGUACAAGGAAGAGCAGGAAGACAAACUCCAUCAAAACAACAACAGGCCCGUCAGCCUUCACAGCCUCCGCCACAACUGCAACCGCAACUGCAACCGCAACUGCGCCAUCCUCAGUCUUUACCGCCAUCGCAACAACAACAACAACAGCAACAGCAACAGCAACAGCAACAACAACAACCCGUACCGGCUCAAGGUCAACAAAUGGAUCUCUCUGCGGAUAAUGUUAUUGACGAUUCAUUCUUUGCUACGAAUUUACUUUUAGACGAUUUUAAUAGUUUAGGAGCCUCAUUAGUACAGCCACAACUAACACAACAAGAAAUUACAGGGUCUAAUACUAAUAACGCUGGUGGUACAGGCGGCAACGGAGGAGAAGGUACAGUGGCAACUGUAGGCGGAUUCAAUGGCAAUGGCAAUGGAAAUGGCACUGGAAAUGGAAAUGGAAAUGGAUUAAUGAAUUUUGAUGAUAUAUCUGAACCUUUUGGUACUGACUGGUUGAGUUCAAUGGGAUCAGGUCCAGGCUUUCCGUGA